AUGAGGCGCGCCCCGCGUGCCAUCCCGCCGUCCGACCGCGAGGGGGCGCUGCGCGCCGCGUCCCGCGCGGGGUCGAGCCCCGAGCUCCCCGGUCUUCCUGCCCUCUUCACCUUAACUCCUUCUCUCCUGCACGUCCCUUCCCGGGACCUCCCUACCCCCGCCCCACGGCUUCCGGCCAGGCCUUGCCCCCCGCUGUCCCCUUCCUCUGACCCCUCCUCUGUCUCCUCUGCCCCCCUCCAAGGCCUUGUCCCCUCCUCUGUUCCCCUCCUCUACCCCCUCCUCUGUCCCCCUCCCCGCGUGGAGGUGGGCAGAACCGAGGUGGUCCGGAGCGGCCUGCGCCCCGUGUUCUCCAAGGUCUUCACGGUUGAUUACUAUUCCGAGGAGGUGCAGAAACUGCGCUUUGAAGUGUAUGACAGCCAUGGGCCCAGCAGCCUCAGCUGUGAGGACGACGACUUCCUGUGGGGCCUGGAGUGCACCUUGGGGCUGGUGGUAAAGGACAACCUCAGCCCCGUGUGGGAGCCCUUCAAGGUGUCACUGAACUCCCUGUGCAGCUGCUAGGAGACGCGGCCUCUGAAGUGCCUCGUCUGGGACUGCGACUCCCGGGGAAAGCACGACUUCAUUGGAGAGUUUUCCACCACCUUCGAGGAGUUACAGGAAGCCUUCGCGGAGCACCGGGCACAGUGGGACUGUGUGAACACCAAGUACAAGCAGAGGAAACGCAACUACAGGAACUCCGGGGUGGUCGCCCUAGUGGGCCUGAAGCUCCACAGGGUCUAUUCCUUUCUGGUCUACAUCAUGGGCGGCUGCCGGAUCCACUUCACCGUGGCCAUCGACUUCACGGCCUCCAAUGGAGACCAGAACAGCUGCUCCCUGCACUGCAUCAACCCCUACCAGCCCAACGAGUACCUGAAGGCGCUGGUGGCCAUGGGCGAGAUCUGCCAGGACGAUGACAGUGAGCGGGGCCGCCUCUCUUCCAAUGACAAGAGAUUUUCUGCUUUGGGGUUUGGAGCCCGGAUCCCUCCCAAGUAUGCCCUGUCUUGUCUCACCCACGUAUCCCAUGACUUUGCCAUCAGCUUUAACCCUGAGGGUGAUGAGUGUGAAGGAAUCCAGGGCGUGGUGGAGGCCUACCAGAACUGCCUGCCCAGCGUCUAGCUCUAUGGCCCUACCAUCGUGGUACCCGUGAUCUGCAAGGUGGCCCGCGUGGCAGAGGCUGAGGAGCACACUGGGGAGGCCUCUCGAUACCACAUCCUGCUGAUCCUGGCGGACGGCGUGGUGACCAACGUGCCGGUGUCCGUCGUCAUCGUGGGGGUGGGCAACGCCGACUUCACCGACAUGUGGAUCCUCGACGGGGACGACGGGGUCCUGCGCUCCCCCAGGGGCGAGCCCGCGCGCCGCGACAUCGUGCAGUUCGUGCCCUUCCGCGACUUCGAGAGCAUGAGUGUGUCCCCCGCGGCGCUGGCCAAGUGCGUGCUGGCUGAGGUGCCCAGGCAGGUCGGGGAGUCCUACAGCCGCAAGGACCUGCCACCACGCAGCCUUGGUGACCACGCCCAAUUGGCCCGCCCGGGCUCGGCCCUGUGA